AUGUGGUCUACAAACAUCUUUGUGUCGGCUAUCUCAUUGGUAGCCGCUGUGUGUCAUGGCCAUACUCAAAUCGCCGAACGCCACGGAAGCGUACCAAGUGGCUAUUCGCUAUCCAACCUCACUUGGGUUGGCAAAGCUUUCAAACACGGCUCUGAUAUUUCUAUCACCGGUUCUAGCAUGCGGAAUAUCGAAGCGCAAAUUCGUGAAGUUAACCCCAAUUUCUCGUGGGACGACCAAGACAACGUCGAUUCCGCAGUUUCAUUCCGGAAUAGCAAAACACAUUUGACGUGCGAUCCAAAUAACAUCUGGUGGGCUCAAGUUUUUAGGAUCGAGGAGGGGAUAGACUACCUAAAAGGCAUCAAGGGGAGAUGCCACAUGGUCCCUGGUCCUCGGGUGUGCACUCGCGUGAGUUGCAGUUAUAAGUCGGCAAUUUGGUGGUGCAAUGAUAACGACCAUGAUAUCUAUAUCGACUGCUCGCUCUGGAGCCAGUACGCUCAAGAUAUCGUGGAUGCUUGCCAGACGCACGAUGCGAGCGCCCGUGUGAGGGGCCAAAAGUUUCAUAACGAGCAGAACUGGAAUGUGAUGGUAGGGUUCGACAAUGACCAUUGUUAG